AUGGAAAGGAUGUCCAACCAAUUGAUUGACACAUUUGUUUACAAACAUUUAAAGCUCAUCGAUAUUGAACACAAUGAAGAGAUCAAUCAAAACAAGUCAUACCAACAAAAGUUAUCGCUUCCAGAGCUCCAGAAUCGGGGCAUUUGUCUCAUUAAGUUAUACAAGCAGUCCAUGAGAACCGGUCUUUACGGCCGAACUAUCAUCACAUUUGGUCCCAAAUGGUCGACACAAGAGUUGGCCUCUAAUAGCAUUUCCAGCGGUGAUAUCGUCGGCGUUACCGCCGGUAACGAGUCUUUGGUUUUAGUGUCUGGAGUUAUACUCAAAGUGGACACCAAAGCAAUUGAUGUGGCCUUUGAUGUCGACAUCAGUCCUAUCAAUGGUUAUGAAGACAAUCAUAGGUUUAACUUAAUUAAGUUAUCCAAUGAUAUAACGCAUCGAAGACUCAAAUCGGCGUUAAAUAAUGUGAAGAAAAAGAGUUUAAGUCAUCACUUGAUUGAAGUGCUGUUCGGCGAAACACAGAUCACAGAGAAUUGCUGUCAAAACAAGAAUGACAUCAAAUAUUUUAACCACAAUUUGAAUGACUCGCAGAAGAAGGCAAUUGAGCUGUCGUUGGAUCAGAAAGAAGUGGCCAUAAUUCACGGCCCGCCCGGAACUGGAAAGACAACCGUUUUAAUCGAGUUUAUAAUGCAAUGCGUCCACAAUUACGGUCUCCGAGUUCUGGCCACCGGUCCGUCCAAUGUUAGCGUCGAUAAUAUGGUCGAGAAGUUGUCAGAACAGGGAAUGGGAGCACACAUUGUCCGUCUCGGACAUCCCGGCCGAUCCAUAUCACAUCUCCACUCCUACUCAUUGGACGCCGCGAUCGGACGCUCAGACGACUACACAAUAGUCUCCGAUAUGAGAGCAGAGAUCCAGCAAAUGGUCGCCAAACGGAACACUUCUUUUAGUGAAAUUAAAAGUUUAAGAAAGGAAUUGAAAGAAAGAGAGAGGAAAGUGAUGAAACAAAUACUAAAUCAAUCGAAAGUUGUUUUGACAACACUUACCACCGGUUCUCCCGACGGUUACUUGAAAUUAUUAGUAGAUUCUGACGGCUAUUAUCCUUUCGAUGUGAUUGUGAUCGACGAGUGCUCGCAAUCCAUAGAAGCCUCGGCUUGGAUUGUGUUGAACUGCGGCCGCAAAUGUGUGUUAGCCGGAGAUCACUGCCAAUUGCCGCCCACUAUCUUAUCAGAAAAGGCAGCAAAAGAUGGUCUCGAGGUCUCACUUAUGGAAAGAUUGAUCAAACUUUUUGAAGACAAACAAAUCGUACAAAUGCUUGACAUUCAGUACAGAAUGAAUGAACAGAUCAUGAGCUGGUCUUCGGAACAAUUUUAUUCAAAUAAACUAAAGGCUUACGAAUCGAUUAAAAAUCAUACUCUCAAUGAUAUUAUUAGUGAUAUAAAUACGGCUCCUCUUGUGCUGAUCGACACCGCGGGCUGUGAUAUGAAUGAACUCGACUUAGAGGACGAGGAAUCGAAGGGCAAUGAAUUCGAAGCGGACAUCGUUUCGAUAUAUGUCCAAAAACUUUUGAAACAAGGGUUUAGUGAAUCAUCGAUAGGCAUAAUCAGUCCGUAUAAUCUUCAGGUCCAGUUGAUUAGGGCUCGACUCAAAGACUACCCUAAAGUGGAAAUCAAAUCAGUCGAUGGCUUUCAGGGCCGGGAGAAAGAGAUUAUUGUCUUAUCUUUUGUUCGAUCCAACGAUUCAAAAGAAGUGGGAUUUUUAUCAGAGCGCCGAAGGAUUAAUGUAGCCGUCACUCGAGCUAAACGACAUUUAGCACUCAUCUGUGAUUCCGAUACCGUAUCUAACGAUUCGACAAUUAAGACACUAAUCGAUCACUUCCAUCAAAAUGGAGACAUUGUUUGCGCUCAAGAAUUCAAAGAUGAGAUGCAAAAUAUGACACAAACCGAAAGGCCUUUGAAUUUAAGAUUUAAAACUAAAGAAUCGAAAGAAACGAUUCGUAAAAACGCGAAAAAGUCUGAAAAAGUCGUUUUGAAGAAUAAACAAAAUUUUAGUAAAGAAGAGAUAAAAAUGGAAAAGAAGUCAAUGGAAGACGAUAAAGAAGAGAUAAAAAUGGAAAAGAAGUCAAUGGAAGACGAGUUAGUUAUUGAAAAAGAGUCUCAAUUUGAGACUAAAAUUGUUGAAUUUAUUGCAAACAAGAACUCAGAUGUGUUAGCAUUUCCUUCUCAAUUGACAUCAUUUGAAAGGCUUUUGGUUCACAAAAUUGCAGAAUCUCUUGAUUUGAUCCAUGAAAGUGUUGGCGAGGGUCAGGACAGGCAUAUUGUCAUAAGAAAGAGGUUACAAGAGAACACUCUUUCAGUUGAGAAUAAGACCAAUGUUUGCAAACAGAAUGUAGAAAAUGAGGCAAAUUGUGGUCCAAAUACCAGUAAUGGACAACAAAAGCAUAAAACAGAAACAAUUUCGGUUAAACCCAAAACAAAAAGUGAGUCCAAAUCAAAACCGAUCAAUAAAUCUCAUAACUUGAAGACAAAAAUCGAUGCGAUAGAAGACGAAGACAUAGAUUCACUGAUAGCCGAAGUUAAGAAAAGUGAUAAAUUGUGCAAAUAUUCGCGAUGUAAGACAAGUGUCACUAUUUUGGGACAAAAGUGUCAGUUUUGUGGCCAAAGUUAUUGUUUGCCUCAUUCUAUGCCUGAAGUUCACGGCUGUGGCGACAGAAUUAGAGAAUUUUUGCGCUCAAACGCCCGAAAGGACGGCAAACUAUAUCCGGGUUCAGGAGUGCCCACCAAAAAGCCAUUGGAUUUACAUAAACGCAAUUAUUUGGAGAAAAAAUUGAACAAUAAGUUGAAAGAUAUGUCGAGUGAUAGGAAAACAAAGAAAGGAGACAAAGAUAAGCCAAAUAACUGA